AUGAGGCGUUCCAUUUCUUUGUUCUCCUUGGCCAUCUCUCUGCUCAUUCUUUCUCAAGUUGCAGUUGGGGAAGAUGUUGUAGCGGAAACCUGUAAGAAGGUAGCGGCCAAAGAGCCGAGCAUGAGCUACGACUUCUGCGUGGCAUCCCUCGAAGCAGACCCCAAGAGCCGAACGGCGGACCUGCCGGGACUCGGCGUCAUCUCCAUGCAGUUGAUGAUAUCCAAUGCGACCAACGUGAAUGAAUACAUAAAGCAGCUCUUGAGCGAUGGGAAACUGGAGAAUAUGACUCGGCAGGCCUUAGAGGAUUGCUCGAGUCUGUACUCGGAUUCCAUCUCUUCUAUGAAGGAUGCCAUCAAUGACUUCAAGUCGAAGGAUUACAACGGAGCCAAUAUAAAGAUCAGUGCGGCCAUGGAAGCACCCACGACGUGUGGAGAAGGUCUUUCGCAGGGGAAAGCCAACGAGUCUGGUUUGACGGAGCGGAACGAUGCUUUCUACAAACUGGCUGGAAUUGCUCUUGUAAUAACCACCCUGUUUAAUUGA